CCAAUCUCCAAUGCGAGGCGGGGAAGGGCCGAGUGACCUAAAGCGGCAACGUUAUGCGGCUCCGCACCUCAUGUCCACAAUACCAUCAGUAUUGCAUGCGGUCGCACCACAUAUUUGGGCGGUUCUUUCUUGAUCGGUUGCGCAGUCCAGUGAGGGGGUGAUAGUCUCGAUGUGGAACAAAGACCCGUAUAUAGUGUGCGUCCAGGUACCUGAGUAUCUGCGACUUUGUUACCCUCGAGAUAAUCUCAUACAACCACCUCUUAUUCCAAGUAAAUUACCAGUGUAUCAGUAACCAUAAUGCCGUCUAUCCACCCCGCCAUCGACAACGGUAUCAAGAAGGGCGACCCCAACUUCUCCGGCGGCAAGCUCUACUGCCAUUGCCCCACCAAGAAGGUCGAAGUGACCCUCGCCGGCAACGUCGCGCACAACCACGCCUGCGGCUGCUCGAAAUGCUGGAAGCCCAAAGGCGCUCUCUUCUCAGUCGUCGGUGUCAUUCCCAAGGAUCAAGUCUCCGUGACUGCCAACGGCGAUAAGCUGCACAUCGUCGACGAAUCAGCGGCUAUCCAGCGCAAUGCUUGCAAGCAAUGCGGCGUCCACCUUUUCGGUCGCAUCGUCGUCGACCAUCCAUUCAAGGGCCUGGACUUCGUUCAUACCGAGCUCAGUGACAAGAAGGGAUGGCAAGAGCCCCAGUUCGCCGCCUUCGUCAGCAGCAUCAUCGAGCAGGGUUUCAAUCCAAAGGACAUGGACGCCGUACGAGAGAAGUUUAAGAAGGAGGGCCUGCAGACAUAUGAUGUGUUGAGCCCAGCGCUGAUGGAUCUCAUCGCCACGUACACGGCGCAAAAGAGUGGGAAGUUGUCUUCGAAGUUGUAGGUUUGGGUUGCAUGGUUCGGCGUUCCUGGUGUGGUCGGUGGGGAUGAUGUAUUAGUAGAUGACUAGGAAGACUUAGAGCUCGGCUUGGUCUCGUAGAUAUUCAAGAAACUCAUGCACCUCAAGGACUAGCGAGUGCGGGAUGUGGUGUUAUAUUGCAUACUACUGAGCACCGUGAUCGCGCGCUAAACCUCUCUAGCAGCGCGAUGGAGUAGGACACUUGAGUGAACUAUUUGUAUCAUGUUUGUAUUGCUUCU